GUUUUCUAAAUGAAGGGAAUUUUUUUUUUUUUUUUUUACAUCUUGACGCAUUUGAAUAACAAACUACGUCAUCACAAAGCGACGACUUCCAGGCGCAUCGUAAACAUCUCGCGUUGCAGCGGAUUUUCCGUUUAAGGACUCACAAAACGGUUUGUUUACGUUGUUAAAACGUAACGACGUUACGCCAACUUUCGUCUUAAAUCACGGAAACAUCCACCGCGGUCCCAUAUUAUAUUCCUCCCGGCUUUCUGCUCACGCGAAGCGGCUCCACGCGAUGGACGAGCUGCCUCCGCUUCCGCCCGAGGUCUGGGUCUACGUGUUCAGCUACCUGUGCACGGAGGAGAAGCACACGGUGCGCGCGUGCUGCCGCCAGCUGAAGCGGCUGGUGGACCACCCGGCCCUGUGGCGUGACUACACGGUGGUGCUGUCCGACCUGCGCCGCUACACCUACGGCUUCUGGGACACGCUGACGCACCGCAGGCUGACGCGCGUCGCGGUGCGCCACCUGCGGCGCAAGGAGUGGCGCCGCCUUGUGAAGUUCCUGCCGGCGCUCACCGCCGUGGUGUUCGUGGACGGCGGCCGCAUCUACAAGGAAAAGUACCUGGACAUUCUGGCGCGGUUCCCCGACCUGCGGGACCUCGGGGUGCGCAACGCCACCUGGGACGAGCCCAUGCUCGGCUGGAACCUGUGCACGCAGCUGCGCGAGCGGCUGACGCACCUGAGCGCGUGCAACGUGCGGCUGCCGUGCACGGUGGAGUUCAUCGACGCCGUGUCGUACCUGGUGAACCUGCGGUACCUGCUGUUCCACCAGCAGGGGGAGGGCUACGGGCUGGACACGGUGCGCCCGGUGCCCUGCUACGUGUUCCACAACAUGCUGCUGAGCCUCAAGAAGCUGCGCCACCUGUCGUGGGGCAUGAGGGGGGAGCCGCCCGAGCCGCUGCCCGACGACUACGUCAACCCGCCGGACCCGGAACAUCCGGGAGCGCCCCGGUAUGGCGGCCCGGCGCUGACCAGCCUGGAGCUGGUCGAUUACCCAGAAACCCUUCUGCCGGUGCACGCGCUGAGGAGCCUGACCUCGCUACGGUCGCUGACCGUCCGCUACCGGUACAUCAGAGAGGGCGUUGAGUGCCGCCUCACGUCCUGGCUGAGUCCCCUCCAGCAGCUGGAGACCCUCACCAUCAUCGGUGGUAACUCUCUGGCUGUCUACACGACCACCAUCCCGUCCAGCGUGACCCGGCUGACGCUGCGCGUGGCCAUCACCCUGAAAGACAUGGACUCCGUGGCGCCGAAGGUGCCGGCGCUCGAGCACCUGGACAUCGAGCAGAACCGCUCCAGCGGCAGCCUGUGCAGACGCAUCCCCAUGCUGUUCCCUCAGCUGAGGACGCUCCGCAUACGGUUUUUCCGCCGGGAGCCGGAGAAGGACCUGCUGAGCCUCCACCGCCUGCGCCACCUGGUGCAGCUGGAGCUGCUGGUGGAGCGCUCCUUCAUCCUCAGGGACUACCUGAAUGGACACCCGUGGCCCAGCCCCUGUGUGCAGGAGCUCAUCAACCAGCUGCGGGAACUGUCGGAGAACCGCAUCACCGUCAUCACCACCAUGCGCCAGAGGAACCCGCUGAGGGAGUGUGACUGCGUGUGGGAGGGCGACUGACGGGGGAGGGGAGGGGGGAGGGAGGAAGUGGACUUUUGUUCCUCCUGAAGAAGAAGAAGACAACGAAGGGGUGAGAGAUGGAAAUAAAAGGUGUGAAGGGAAACAUAAACGAGACGCACUGAAGGUCUUCAUGGAUCCUACGAAAGGUCCUGAACCUGAACCGCCAUCUUUCUGCAUGGAAACCCCUUGAGGAGGAGUCCAGAGUCCAGAGUCCAGAGUCCAGAGUCCAGAGUCCAGAGUCCAGAGUCCAGAGUCCAGAGUCCAGAGUCCAGAGUCACGGCUAUGAACCAUGAAGGAGCCUGAUGAAGCUCUGGCUGUGGAUCCUGAGUUGGAGCCUCUCGUGAUCGUUGAGGUUCUAGUAAACUCUCUGAUGUGAAAACGUCUGCAGGAAGUUUUCUCUUUUUCUCAAGUGGAACGACCGGAAUUAAAGAAUUAUAAUUAAGUAUAAUUACACUUAAUUAUCCAUAAACACACGAGGUGAACAUGCAGGACGUUUAAAGUUUGCAAUAACCAAAAAAUCAAUUUGAAAUAUUAUUAUUAUUAUUAUUAUAGUAUUCUUAAAUAAAACGAUAAGACUGAAAUGAGUUUUCAAGAGACUCGGCAUUAUUAUUAUUUAACAUGAUGUAACAUGGAUAGAUGGAGUGCUUUAUUAAUCCCAGAGGGAAAUUGAACAAUAAUGAUUAACAAAUGGACCAAACCCGAAACGGACAUAAUAAUAAAUAAAAUAAACAUUUAAUCCUGUUAACAAUCUUUUAUCGUUAAAUGACAGAAUACUUUUUUUGUAUCCUGUCCUUUUAAGGGCUUCCUUAGGAAAUAAUCAUUUUUGUAUUAUCAUUAAUCGACAAAUAUUGUUCCUGUUUCCUGUCAAAACAAACAGCAAAGAGGAGAGUUCAGUAUUAGAAUUAUUCAUACGCCGGUUAUAAGUCCUGUAAAAUGUUAGUUAGUGAAUGAAAAAUUAUGUCUUGGGGCACUUGAGUUGUUUAUUUAUUUAUUUCUGUCCACAGCUGGAGCACAGAGUUCGUGACUUAGUCCCACAACUCAAAUGGACCCCAAUUUAACGAUUAAUAUUGUUCGUGGCUCCACGCACAGGGAGGAGCCGAGCAGCUUCAGACAUGAAAUAGUUCUUUAUUAUUCAGAUGGCAGUUCUGAUGAUAUUAAGGGCCUGAAUGUCAGAAGGAGAAUGUGGAUGGAUGUAUGCAAAAUAAAUAAACAUAAAUGUAAAAAUGUUUAUUUACGAUGAUUCUCAAAUAAAAGAACUUUAUUCUA